GUCGUCGGAGAGUUCGCUUGCACCACUGAUCUGUGGUCCCUGUUGUGUGCUAGUGUGCUAGUGUUGCGGACACAAAAUAACUCUGCUCUACGGCAUAUAUAGAUAUAUGCAGAUAGUAUGGUCCAGUAGUCGUUAUAGCGUGCGGUUUACAGCGACUUGUCGCCGGCGAAGUGACAAAAGCCCAAAACAAGUUUGGCCCGAUUUUCAGCUAGAUCUCGCGAGAGCAUGGCGAAAGCCGGCCGGGCCUAAUUAAAUUAAUAUAGUUUCGAGAGAACGCCGGCAUCCAGCGAUCUCGAGUGUGUGAGUGCUUUAAUUAAAUUCAAUUAAUCAUAAAUAAGUGAGUGCCAACGGAUCCUGUGCUAGUGGCGUGGCUCUCCGGCGCAAUUGUGAUUUAUUGGCCGCAGAGAAGCCGGGCGGAUUCAAGUGAAAUUACGGAAUUACGAAUGCGAAACUUAAUUUUGAUGAGUUCCAAUGAAAGCUGAAUCGAAAAUGUUCCCCCUCGUGCUCCUCGUCCUCUUGGCGCUGCUUUCGCAGAUCGAAGCCUUCAACUUUAUGCCCCGACCCAGCAGUGUGAUAGGCUCGCCGAGCCAUCUGAAGUUCCACCUCAACCAGACGCGGAGCUCCUACUUUGGAUACACGCUCGUCAUCCGUCCAACCAGCAUCAUUGUGGGAGCUCCGCGGGCGCAGUCCACCUUGGAGUCGCAGCGCAGCAUCAACGAGACCGGGGCCAUCUACCGGUGCUCCCUGACGAGCGGAGCCUGCAGUCCGUAUGUCCUGGAUCCCCGGGGCAACGUUGACGCCCCGUUCAGCGAGUACACCUGGGACUCGGAGCGCAAAGACCACCAGUGGCUGGGCGGGUCGAUGGACGGAGGCACCCGGGACACGGAUAAGCUGCUCGUGUGCGCCCCCCGCCUCUACGCGCCCAGUCCGAGGGACUACCACCUGCACGGCGUCUGCUACUGGGUGAACGACACGGUGGCCAGCACCCCGGAGCACGUGACCCGCAUCUCGCCCCUGCGACUCAAGUCGCAGCAGGUGAUCGAGGAGGAGAAGGACACCAAGGCCAGCUUCUUCUACAUCAUGGGCGAACUGGGACUCAGUGCCCACGUGGCGGACGACAACUCCAAGUUCCUGAUCGGAGCGCCGGGCAUCAACACAUGGAAGGGAUCGGUGAUCCUGUACCGGCAGGUGGACCCCGUGGACAACCCCACCGCCAGCAGGCGGGACACGAGCUCGGCGCUCCGGCGCACGAUCCGGGAUGUGGACACCAACGAGUACACGCCGGAGCACUACGCCCCCGAGAUUCCAAGGCCGCUGACCUGGGGCCAGGAGGACGACUCCUACUUCGGCUACGCCGUGAGCUCCGGCCACUUCGACAGCUCCAACCCGACGAAGCUGCUCUACGUGGCCACCGCUCCGCAGGCCAACAAGCAGUCCGGCGAGGCGUACAUCUUCGAUGUCCGCGGAAAGGGCAUCCACAAGUACCACGUCUUCCGGGGUGAGCAGUUCGGCGAGUACUUCGGAUACUCCGUCCUGGCGGAGGACCUCAAUGGAGACGGAAGGACGGACGUGAUCGUGUCCGCACCCCAGCAUGCUCUAGAGGAUUCCCACGACAACGGAGCCAUCUACGUGUUCAUCAACAAUGGCUUCUUCAACUUUGAUCGACAGAUUCUACGUUCGCCUCUGGAAACAAAGGCCCGAUUCGGAACUACUCUUUCGCGACUGGGAGACAUCAACCACGACGGCUAUAAUGACGUGGCAGUGGGAGCUCCUUUUGCCGGCAACGGAUCGGUGUUCAUCUACUUGGGCAGCGAGCGAGGAUUGCGGGAGCAACCGAGUCAGCGAUUGGAUGCUCCUUCCCAGACCAGUUCCAAGUACGGGGAACACAUGUUCGGACACGGCCUCUCCCGCGGAUCGGACAUAGAUGGCAACGGAUUCAACGACUUCGCCAUCGGAGCUCCGAACGCCGAGGCCGUGUACUUGUACCGGGCUUAUCCGGUGGUCAAGGUGCACGCCUCCGUGAAGUCGGAGUCGCGGGAGAUCAAGCCAGAGCAGGAGAAGGUGAAGAUCACCGCCUGCUACAGGUUGGAGACCACUUCCACGUCGAGGGAGGUGCAGCAGCAGGAGCUGGCCAUCCGGAUCGCCAUCGACACGCAGCUCAAACGUGUUAAAUUCGCGCAGACGCAGUCGAAUGAGAUGAGCUUCAAGGCGGACGCGAAUCUCGGGGAGCAAUGCCGCGUCUUCGAGCUCCAGGUACGAUACAGCGAGAAGGACAUUUUCACGCCCAUCGAUCUGGAGAUGCACUACGAGCUGACCAAGAAGGUUCCCGACUCGGACCAAUUCUGCGAAACCUGCGCGAUUGUUGAUCCGAAAGAGCCGAAGGUUUCCACACAGAAGAUCAUCUUCAGCACGGGAUGUGCCACCGAUGUUUGCACCGCUGAUCUGCAGUUGAGGAGCAAGAAUGUGAGCCCCACUUAUAUUUUGGGCAGUGCCGAUACUCUGCGCCUGAACUACGAGAUCACCAACAAUGGGGAGACCGCCUACCUGCCGCAGUUCAACGUAACCAGCACCUCCCGGUUGGCCUUCGCCCAGGUUCCCGGAAACUGCAAGGUCGCCGAGGCGGUCAUGGUGUGUGACCUCAACCGGGGACGACCUCUGGCCAAGGGAGACAGCGACUCCGUGACCAUCAGCUUCGAUGUGAGCCAGCUCAGCGGAGAGUCGUUGAUCAUCUACGCAGAGGUGUUCAGCACGGGCUACGAAUCGAAUCCCACGGACAACAGGCAGACCAAUGUGAUCGGGCUGCGCGAAUUCACAGAGAUCGAUGCCAGCGGGGGCCAGACAAACGGUCAGAUCGACUUGGAGCACUACAGCAACUCGGCCGAAAUAAUAAACAACUACGAGAUCAAGAGCAACGGGCCCAGCAUCAUCGAGCAGCUGACCGUGUCCUUCUACAUACCCAUUGCCUACAAGCUGCCUGGCUCCUCGGCGGUCGUCCCCAUCAUCAACAUGACCAGCCUGAAGAUGCAGGCCACCUACGACUCCCAGCUGCUGGCGGUCGACCUGUACGACCAGAACAACACGCUGCUGAUUGUGGAGCCCAUCGAGGUGGCCACCGAAGUCGUGGGAGGCCUCGAGCGGACCGUGGUGACCCAGAACGGAGGGGGCUACGACAUUCACACCAGCGGACACGUCCACCAGACCAUCCAGGUGCUCGACUCCGACGUGGUGGCCACCGCCUCCAUGACCCGGAGGCGUCGCGAUCUCAGGGCCCUGACCGCCAACCGGGAGCAGUACGCCCGCAUCUCGAAUGUGAAGGCCCAUGACCUGCUGAGCGAGGACUUUAAGGCCAAGCUGCCCGUGAACCGCACCAUCGUGUUCAACUGCCGCGACCCCGAGAUGACCCUCUGCGUCCGGGCCGAGAUGAGGGUGCACUUCAGGCCGGAGAAGUCCAUCAACCUGAACGUGCGCUACCAGGUGGACCUGAACGAGGUGAACGCCAUUCUGAUGGAUCCCUGGGAGUACUUCGUCAUCCUGACCGACCUCAAGAUGACCAAGCAGGGCGACCCCGCCUCCAGCUCCUUCGUGAUUAACCGGAGGAUCGAGCCGAACAUCAUUUCCAAGCAUCUGGAGGCCAACCUGCCCAUCUGGAUCAUAAUUGUGUCCGUGAUCGGCGGCCUGCUGCUGCUCUCUGCGAUCAGCUACGCCAUGUACAAGAUGGGCUUCUUCAAUCGCGCCAAGAAGGACGAGCUGGACAGGCUGGUGCAGCAGAAUCCAGUGGAACCGGAGGCCGAGAACCUCAACAGCGGCGCGAGCCCCUAAUUCGGUCCUCCGAACUUCCUCGCAGUGCACAUCACAUUCUGAAUGGAUGGACCAGUUACCAAAUCCUAACUUCACAACGGGAAGUCUUCCCACAAAGUGUGUUCUCUUGCAUUUAAGGAGCAGCGAAAACGAGAAGCGAUUAACGAAAACCUACCUUAUAGGAAUACUUGCAACUUGCAACCACGAAGCAUUCAAUGUUGUCCGUGGUUUGCCUUACUAGUGGCCCAUUCUAGUUAGCCACUAAUUUAUACGAAAGUCCCAUGUGUGCUACACCAGCCAUAUUGCCAUUUGUUGUAUAUAUUUAUUACAAAUUUUUAAUUAUUCAUAACUGUAGAGAAGUGGUAAAGGAAACUUUACACGGCGACGUAAAAGACUUUAUUAAUGUGUAAAUUGUAAAAAUUAAACUAGACUUUAUUAAGCCUGUUCUAGUAUUAUACUAGAGUGUUAAAACGAUGGAGUAUGAAUAAAAUAUUUAAAAUAAAAA